AUGCAGCAUAUAUCCCUCGUCGGCAAGCGUUGCGUCGUCACCGGCGGCAGCCGCGGCAUCGGCCUGGCCAUCGCCCGCACUUUCGCCGCCUACGGCGCCUCCUGCGUCCUCGUCGGCCGGGAUGAGUUCACCCUCCAGGAAGCCGUCGCGACCCUCAGCACUGACGCGCUCCCCGAAGACGCCGUCCCCCACAGCACCGUCGCCUUCGAUGUCGCCGACACUAAGGGAUGGGACCUGCUGCUCUCCCACGUGCAUAAUAAAUGUGAAAUCCUCGUCAACGGAGCGGGCAUCAUGCAGAGGUCUUUCCUCUACAGCAUAGACUACCCGGAGAUCCAGAAGACUGUCAACACCAACCUAAUGGGUACCAUAUGGGGCUGCCGGAAAAUAAUGCCCAAGAUGAUGAAGGCGAGAGAGGGGUGUAUUAUCAACGUAGCUAGUGUGCUAGCCACGAACGGCGGCAAGGGCGCGAGCAUCUACGCCGCGUCCAAAGCUGGGGUUGUCGCCCUAACACGAUCGUUGGCCUGGGAAUUGGGCAGGUUCAGCGUCCGUGCCAACGUCCUUGUACCCGGAUAUAUCCGCACCGAUAUGACCCGAGGCAUGGACAAGAGGAACAGCCUUACUUCCCAAAUCCCUAUAGGGCGGAUGGGUUCUCCCGAUGAGGUGGCUGAUGCUGCGUUAUUCCUGGCCCGAAAUCCCUAUGCGCACAACUGUGUCCUCAACAUAGACGGAGGCUUGAGUGCGGUGUGA